AUGGAGCCUCCUGAAUAUGCACCUGGAACGUCGGAGAUUGGCUCCUUGACGGCCCACUCCAAUGAAGACAGCCAGUUCGUCGGCAGCUCCAGUGGCGUCUACUUCAUCAACACUGUCAAACGAGCAUUUUCAAAUGGACAUGACGAAUCUGGGUCCCGAGAGACCGAGUUCCCCACUGCAGAAGAUACUCUUGUUGGUGUGGAUGAUUCAUCGCAGCAGAAGCGCCGACGCACAGAGUCCAGAAACGAGUCAGCCUCAUUUGGAGGCGAGCCUUCUGUGUCGUGGAAAUAUGAUCCAGCUCUCGCCUCCUCUCUGGGCACUGCACCUCCUCCAGAUGUGGCAAAAGAGUUCAUGAUGUCGUACUUCAAAGUAUGGCACCCGCUGUUUCCGUUUCUGCACGGUCCUACCUUCCUGCAGGCCAUGGAGAAAUUGUACUCCAACAGUCCCAUGCCUAAUGACCCGGUUGAUGACUCAACUUCGGAGCAUAGAGCUACCUGCUGGACAAUCAUUCUGCAGUGUAUAUUCAAUCUAGGGAGUCUCUUGCAUCCUGAUCUCCAACUCCCGAAUUCCUGCAAAAUCCAGUCACCUAGUUGCAUGACACCCCUCCUCUCGAUAUUGGCAUCCCGACAUGAUAUAGUCUCGUUGCAGGCGUUGCUAGCUAUUCAGGUUUACCUUGUUGCAACUAUGUCUCUCCGACUGGCGUCCACGUUUGGAGGAUGUAUUCUGCGCUCAAUGCUCCAUGCAGGGUUACAUCGUUGUCCAUUUCGUUACAGUCAGCUCUCGUCGCAUGACCGACAGCUGAGGAAGCGUAUUUUCUGGUGUGCGUAUGCGAUAGACCGGUACCUGAGCCAAGCACUCGGUUUACCGCUCGGGAUCCAAGACUUGGAUGUUGAUGUCUGUCUGCCAGCGGCUCCUGAAAUGCACUCCCCGCGACUUAUCAGGGAUCUGAGCAUGCACCCUGCGAAUUUGGAUUACCGCGGGACGACCGUUGCUCAGUCACCUUCUCUCGUGCUGAGCCCUAGCCAACAGCAAACGGCGGAUCACCGAAAGAAAGAAAGUGUCUUAGCCAGCUAUGUCGAUUCUGGGACCCUUACCGGUCGCGCACUGGAACUAUUUCAUAAAUCCAUUUUGGUCCGCUCUGUACGACGCAGCUCAGUACUAUUCUUGGUAACUGAUGUGCAUAAGUGGUGGAAUAGCUUGCCGCUUGAGCUGCAAGGAAAAGUGCCAGGCUGCGAAAAGGAAAUCCAAGGGAAAGGUGGCAAUGAUGACCCCUUUGACUUUGGUCCCUUUUUCACUGUGCUCUAUCAGCACUUGAUUUUGAUCAUCCACCGACCAUCUUUAUCUUUGAAUCCAUCAACUGCGGAAUUUUGCUCGGGGCUACAAACAUGCAUUGGUGCCGCGCGAGGAAUUCUUGCGGCGCUAAAAACCCAUUUGGAUAGUCGACAGGCUUUUUUUUGGCCUGGCUUUUUAUCUGCUGCCUGGAUGUCGGGCUUGGUCCUCGCGUUUGCUUGUCAGUUGAAGCAAUAUGUUCUUUCAAAAGGUCUACAGGAAAUCGAUGACUGUGCGGCAUUUCUUCGUCACAUGUCCAGUCAGUGGGAAACUGCUAGACCAUGCCACCAUGCCUUAACUUUACUGUCCAGCAAGAUUAAACAAAUGGGCAAUGAGCAACGAAGCGUUGCCAAUUCUCAUGCAUACGUGGUGAGGACACCAGACAAAAAUGACAGCUCUGUUGAUCCUGUUGAUCGGGAAGGAUAUCAAGUGAAGCAUAUGAAUCCAGCUGAGGGCCAUCACACAGAAGCUGGCUAUGCAAGUGUCAUUCCCGAGCCACGGCCUGAAAUCAACCCAAUGCCUUCCAGAUAUAAUGAGUCGGAAAAUGACUGUACUCCAGCCGAGGAUCUAGGCUUUCAAAAUGAGGAUGCCGGUUAUCUGGCCGGAGGAUCUAGCUUUGAUUUGAACAUGGUUGACCUCCUAGACGGAGCGGACUUCAAUUCCCUAUUCGACCUGAUCGGUCAACAAUAUCCCAGCUUCUAG